AUGGCAGAAGGCUCCGGAGAGCCAGAGGUUGUCAAAGCCAUGAAGGCCCUAAUCCAGCGCACCAAGUUCGUUCAAGAGACAGCCGGCCGCAUGAGGGUGUGGUGCAAAGAGCGAUUCACUGCAGACCGCUGGCUGGACGAGAACGAGCGGGAGUGGUACGCGCUCGAUCGGCUCUGUCGCUCGAGGCCGUGGGCCACCAAUCGGGAGAAGGCUUUCCCGUAUCCUUUUCGCGAUGCUACGAGGAGAAUGAUCAAAGUGGAAGGUGAUUGGGUUGGUGGAAGUCGACCUGAUAUCUUGCCGACGGAAGCUCGGCGGCACGGCAUUGACUGCCAGGUGAUCAGCCAACUCAAUUGCUGCCCUCAUUUUCCUCCGGAACAUCGCGUUCUGCUUUUCGCCCCCGAGUUCGGAAGUGAUCGAUCCUUCGACGUGGACAUGUGGAGCUUCAUCGAGCCGGACGACCAAGUCGAUUUGGCCGUCGUGCUUGGCCUAUACAGAGACGGCUGA